ACGAAUGCUCGCAUUCGCGGGCGAGAGCUCGCCGUGAGUGGUAUGUUGAUAUAUUACAUAUAUAAAGUAACUUUUACUAUCGCGUAUAUUUCCUAAUUAUUACUUAAAAUUUUUCGGGUAAUUAAUAUCAACACAAUAAAAUAAAUAAAAAGUUACAUCCGUAAAUCGCGUAUUUAUUUCAGCGAAAAUAAUUUAUUUAAAAUUGUGAGUGAAGUGAUUUUUAAAUUGUGAAUUAUUUCUUUUAUCAAGUGAAGUGAUAAGACGAUUAUACAUUUUUUGAGAUCAACCAGUGAAAAAAAAAAUUGAUGGUCAAGGUUCCGCGUUAAUUUUCCAUCAGCAGUGAAUACUCUUAGAAAUAUAUUUUGGGCGGCGAUAAUCACGUUCCAUUUAAAAAUAAUCCUGGUCUUAAAAGUGUAAGCAGCAGAGCCUGAAGCGCGAGUGAAGGAUCCAGAGAAAGUGAAAGAAGCCGCGGCAACAAACGCCUCAACUCCUUCUCGCACUACUCUACUCUCAUCUACUCCUCAGUACUUAAUACUCCACAACUACAUUCGUAUAAUUCACUACCACCGUUCCUGUACUUGUACUUAUACUUGUUGUACGUGUAUACAUAUAUAAAUAAUCGUGUGCAAGUAAAAGCAAGAGAAUAACAGUACGAGAGAGUAAGUAGGAUACCGAGGUCGUAGUGGCGCCUCAGAAGUUACAGUCGGACAACGUGACGAACGAGGAUUCACUGUCUAUUACGAGAUUCCAUGGGUGUUUUACACCUUUAUCGUGAGAAACGACCAGUCUCAUUUAUCUUCGCGCUUCAAUUUUAAAUUCAAACUCCACCAGCAACAUCCGAGUCUGCAUAACAAAACUUUUUUUUUACACGUAAUACUUUUUUUUAAAAUUUAUUACCGUCAUCGCAUCCUGUAAAAAUUAUUAUUUUAUAUUUAUUACAUUACAGAGAAUUACGUACCAGUAUAAAUAUAUAAAUAUAUACAUAUAUAUUUGAUAAUAUACAUGCGCGUGUCAUUGAACUUGAUAUUGAACAACUAAAGUUGUUAAUUUAAAUUAUUAUUCGGGUUUUAAAUAAUUCCUGUCACAGCGGAGAGACUGCGAAUUAACCUGAGUCCUUUUGUGGUCGAGCUCUUGGAUUAUUUCCUUUACUGGCGCAAAUACAAGUCAAGCUUGAGAGUUCAUCAGAGCUCCAGGUGAUUGCUCCUUAAGAAAGACUGCUCCUGCUGGUGCCGGUACUGAAGUUGAUGCUGGUUUACUUGUAUGCUGUAUAGCUUCAUGUUGUGGAUUCUGGUGUACAGCACUGGGUUUAAAAUAAACUUAAACCAAGAGAUAGAUAAAAUAAUGUAUUAUAGUAAGGUUCAGCCGAGGAACACGUCAUCUUGAUUCACGCGCGAGCUGGUAUUUAUAAAAUAUUAAAAUAGUAAGGAGUAAAUAAAAAUUAAUGUGAUAAGAAAAAUAACUUUAAAACGGUGGGAGGGUAAAAUUGUGAAGGAUGAGGAAGUUGUAAUUUAACUUCAGCGACACGAGGAUCAUGAUGAUGAUGAUGAUGAUGAUGAUGAGUCUCUUGGUGUUGGUGCGGUAGAGAUAAUUACAAAGCGGUAUUUUAGUAGAUACGAUUGCCGCAUUCCGUAUUAAAUAAACAAACUGUUGUUUUGUGUUAAAAGAUAUACUGUGAGCUGUGACGGUGGUUUUUUAAUUUAAACGUGUGGACAAGUGAUUUUUUUUUAAAUUUUAAAUUGAGUUUGUUGUGACAAGUGAUUUUUAUUGAUGGAUUUAUUAUUAUGUGCCAAAGUGGGUCUGAUGAUACCUGAAGAUCUGGGAUGACCAACGUCAACAGGAUCCGGGUGGUCGUCCUCGGCGGCCCCAGAGUCGGCAAAUCUGCUGUGGUGGUGCGGUAUCUAACGAGGCGGUAUAUCGGAGAGUACAGUUCAACGAGUGAUUUUCUCUAUAGACACAAUGUAACCAUAGACAAUGUCAUGACUGAAGUUGAAAUUCUCGAUACUUCGAGGUGCGAGGAAAACGGGUGUUUGUACACGCAUAUACGAUGGGGGGAGGCCUUUGUCAUUGUUUACAGCGUUACGUGCAAACGGAGCUUUCAAGAAGCACGGGGAUUGCUUAAACAACUCGCUGAUCUCAGACUUCCUUCUUAUUUUACAGCACUUUUACUUGGAAAUAAACGUGAUCUCGAUCAUGCUCGAGAAGUGUGUGUAGAUGAAGGUCAACAGCUAUCAUUAACACACGGGUGUCAAUUUUACGAGGUCAGUGCAGCAGAAAGUGCUGCAGGAGCAGCAUUAGCAUUUCAAGGACUUCUCAGGGAAGCUAGAUCAGUACAAUUACUACGUGCAUUACCAAUAAGACGUAAAUUAGGUGUACAUUCAGUCUCUCGAGUCUUGGGUACAAUAUUUGGUAAAAAUACAACAAAAGAUAGAAAAAAAAGACCGUCACUAAGUAUAUGACGCCUUUUGUGCGCCCUCCUGAUUGGAGAACGUGACUACGAGCCCGAAGGUAACAGUGACGUUAUCGUACUUACAAGUAAUGUUUACGUAAAUCGUUGAUUAUAUUCUUCGGACGUGGUGAGAAUGGAAAAUUCUCAUUUAUCGCGUUAACUUCUUUUAUUAUUUAAUGACGAAUUAUUAUUUCGUCAUUGAGCUAUCGAUUUUAAUAAAUCGAUCGACUGUUAAAAGUUAUGGUUACCUCUGAUACUUGGACUCGGUAACAGAGUAACCGGAGGUCGCACGCACAUGCUAUUGGGUGUUUUGAGUCAAGCCAAGACUACUGGGACCUGAAUUUUUAUUUCGAUUAAUUAGUUAUUUUCUGUACUUACUGUUUACUUUUUUUUUUUUUUAAUUAUUAAUUAAAAUUUAUCUUUAAAUUAAGACGGAAAAUUUUAUUUAUUUAAAUGGGCUUGUUUUUAAUUUAAAAAAAAGAAGUAAAAAUUUUAGUCACUCUUUAAAUUUUAUAUAAGACUUAUUUUUUAUUUACAAAUAUUUAUUUAAUUUAAUAAAAAAAAAAAAAUUUACUCAAAACUGCAAAUCAAAAGUUUUUACAAAAUAAAAUUUUAUUUAAUUAUUUAAAUAAUCAAAAACUGAUUAAUUAUCUCCCGUCUCAAUUACUAGUAGACAAGCCCAAGGUCUUAAGAUUAAAAAAAUCAAAUUAAUUAUCUUGUAUACGAAUUUAAAUUUCUACAUUCAAAAGUGUCGCCUAUUACCCUAGAUUACUUAUUACCAACAUGUUUUCUCAAUUAUUUUAUAAUGAUAACAAGAAAAAAAAAUUAUACUAUAAAUAAAAAGUUUUUCUUCUUGCCCACCCACUGUCUAGUGGCUA